ACUUACUGAUGUUGGCCAUUCACAGUUGGAUUCUGGGGACCUCCUAAAUUAGCUUAAACUUCAAAUUAUCAUCAUCACAAAUUCUUUACCCAUUUGCAUUUAGAUUCUAGGCACCUUGCAAAACAACAACACAAAGUUCAAAUUUUUAUCAUCACCAAAUUCUUACAUUAUCCCUUAUCAUAAUUUGCAAGUUUUUCUUUUUCCUUUUCAAUGGAUGAUUGAUCAUCAUCAGAAAAGAAAAUUCAAAACAACCCAAUUCUUCAAAUUUACUCAAUUUUUUUCAUCAAUGGCUGCAACAGCAACAGCAAUUCAUUUGCUUGCUGCAACAACCAAUACAACUAGCAGCAGAAGGAGAACAAUUUCAAUAUCCAAUGACAAAUUCAGAACUACCCAGAUUGUGGUUAUUCCCAAAGCAUCUGCAAGUACUGAAAACAGCAGUACAGGUAAGAAAGAAAACAAGAUUAUCAAAAAGAACAACAAUAGUUCUACCAAAAACAAGAAGCUUAAAGUUGAAGAUAUUGAUCAAAAUGAGCAAAUUAUUAAGAACAAUGUUGAGGUAGAGAAGAGUGAUAGUAGUGAUGUGAUAAAGAGAUUAGAUGAAGUGGUUAAUCCAGUUGGGUUAGGGAGGAAAUCAAGGCAGAUAUUUGAUCAGGUGUGGAAAAAAUUUUCUAAUUUGGGUCAGAUUUCAAGGACUGAAUAUGAUGAGGGUAGUAACUUGUUAGUGUAUGGGGAUGGUGCACCUAUUCCUGGUGCUCAAAACACUACUGUUCUUGUUGUUGGUGCUACGAGUCGUAUAGGCCGCCUCGUCGUUCGUAAGCUCAUGCUCCGAGGUUAUAGUGUUAAGGGCUUCGUGAGGAGAAUUGAUGAAGGAGUGACGGAUAUGCUACCGAGGUCAGUGGAACUCGUGGUUGGGGAUGUAGGUGAUCCUGCGAGUAUCAAAGCUGCGGUGGAAGGUUGCAGCAAAAUCAUCUAUUGUGCCACUGCUCGUUCUUCCAUUACAGGGGAUCUCAACAGAGUUGACAACCGUGGAGUCUGCAAUGUUGCUAAAGCCUUCCAGGACUACAACAACCAAUUGGCACAGUUGCGAGCAGGUAAAAGCAGCAAAAGCAAGCUUCUAAUUACGAAAUUUAAAUCAGAAGAUUCGUUGGAAGGAUGGGAAGUACGUCAGGGAACUUAUUUCCAGGAUGUGGUAGCGAGCAAAUAUGAUGGAGGAAUGAAUGCCAAAUUUGAGUUUAAUGAGAAUGGCCUCGCCAUUUUUUCUGGGUAUGUUUUCACCAGAGGAGGAUAUGUGGAACUAUCACGAAAGCUUUCACUUCCCUUGGGUUCUACUCUAGACCGGUAUGAAGGUCUUGUUCUCUCGGUUGGUGGCAAUGGUCGUACUUAUGUUGUAAUCCUCGAAACUGGUCCUCUUGCAGAUUCAUCCCAAAGCAAAAUGUAUUAUUCAAGAAUUAAUACAAAAGUAGGCUUUUGCAGGGUCAGAGUUCCAUUUUCAACAUUCCGCUCAGUGAAUCCAAAUGAUCCACCGUUAGAUCCAUUUCUUGUGCACACUAUGAGCAUACGUUUCGAGCCUAGAAGACAGAGACCUGUCGAAGGGCAGAAAGGGAUGAAGCAAGAUCCAAGAAACUUUGAGCUAAUUUUGGAAUACAUAAAAGCUUUACCUAGUGGUCCGGAAACAGAUUUCAUCUUGGUAUCUUGUACAGGAUCAGGAAUAGAGACCUCAAGAAGGGACCAGGUCUUGAGAGCUAAGAAGGCUGGUGAAGAUUCAUUAAGAAGAUCAGGACUUGGAUAUACAAUAGUCCGCCCUGGUCCUUUGAAGGAAGAACCUGGUGGGCAACGUGCUCUGAUAUUUGACCAAGGAAACAGAAUUUCUCAGGGAAUAAGUUGUGCUGAUGUAGCCGAUAUCUGUGUCAAGGCGUUGCAUGAUUCUACUGCCAGAAAUAAGAGCUUUGAUGUAUGCUACGAGUACGUAGCUGAGCAAGGUCAGGAGCUUUAUGAACUGGUUGCACAUUUACCUGAUAAGGCGAACAAUUAUCUGGCACCAGCACUAUCAGUUCUUGAGAAGAACACCUAAUAUAUCCUGAAGCAAAGAUUUUGUUUGUCUUUUUGGCGGUUGCUUCUCUGAAUUGAGGAAAUUUUUAAUGAGCAUUUUCACUUUGUUUCCUUGAUCAUAUCAAUUGUGUAUAGCAUUAUAGGGUAUAUAGUUUAUAAAGAUGGUGUGAUUGUUUUUCUCUUGGGAUGAAAACAGAUAGUAAUAUAUUAUCAUCACCCCUGUAUCUCUUGUUGCAAAUAGAAAAAGAAGACAUUGUAUAAUGUGAAAAAAGUUGCAGAUUUAUAUCAA